AAUUCGGCAACAUCUCCAACUCAAGCAUCAGUUCUCCACCGAGAAACACUCGCAGCUUUCUUCCAGCUGUCAUUCAGAUACUUUGGUAACUCUCCAUCCACCAUUCCAUUUAAACAACAAGAUGCAGAAGUUAAUUCUUCUAGCAGGCCUGUGUGCCAUCAUUGCUGACACAUGUGUGGCAUCCAAAAAACUGGCGUGCGUGUAUCAGAGCACCUCGGAUCAAAUUGGCGCAAACCCAUUUGAUAUUUUGCGUGACAUCGAUGCUCAGCUGUGCAGCCAAAUCAUCUACAGCUCCCUUAAGCCUACGCCGGUUUCCCUGACCUCUUGUGACGAGAGCAAGUUUCAAGCCUUCGCUGAAAUAAAGAAAAGAAAUCCAGAGCUUCAAACCUUUUUGGAAGUCGAUCUGUCUACUGCUGGAAGCCAGAUAUUCACACCACCAAACCGGCAGAUUUUCAUCGCAUCUGUAAUCGACCAUUUGGUCGCUGGGAAUUUUGAUGGCCUAAACAUCAAGUGGGUAGCUGAGGCGAUCAGCAGUCAACCAAACAUCAAGCAACGCUUCAGUUUCUUCAUACAGGAACUGAGACGCGAGCUGGGCCAGCGACAGCUCAGUCUAAGUAUCUCCGCUGCACAAUCUGACAUCAUCCAGAGUUAUGACUUCUCAGAGCUUUCCAAAUACGUGGACUUCUUCUAUGUGAUGUCCUUCGACCUUGACCGACAAUCGUCCAGUAAUGGUCAAGCACAAUUCCCUAAUGCGAAAAACACGAUGCAGUUCUUUGCCAACACAGGUGUUCCAAAAGAAAAGUUUCUCAUGGGAAUCGCUUCGUAUGGUUAUGGAUCUAACCAAGCGAUCAUUCCCAAAUUUUAGGAAUCCUCUGAUCCACGGAAGGAAGUUUACUUUGACAGCGCUGAGACCAUUGAGGCUAAGGCCAACUUCAUCAAAAACAGUGCGUAUGGAGGUGUCAUUGUCAAGGCUCUGAACCUGGAUGACUUCAAUGGAAAGGGUGGUAAAGGGAACUAUCCUGUCAUCCAACAUAUCCAUGACAUAAUUCUUGAAUAGAAAGCUUCCCUUUCUAUGAUGACGUGCACUGCGGUGAAGGAGCAUAUUACUUAUAUAACACAGGGGAAUGGUUUCAUAAUUUCACCCCAAAAUUUCCUUGUCGUACGAAUUGGAUACAUAAUUUUGGUGAUCAAAAGAAUGGAUACAGUUAUAUUCAUUGAUUGGUGGAACUACUGUCUUAAGUCAGACUUAAGCGCAAACUGGCUUCAAUUUUCGACACGUAACACAUGAUCAGGCCUCAUUCCAGUUUGUGCUCACCAAAGUUUGAGGGGGUAUUUUGGGAUUAUUUGUGGGUUUUAUUAAUGGUGACGUUAAUCUACUGGUGAUAAUGCGAUGUGCACGUCUGUUGUUACCAUACAGUCAUGAUGAUCUUCAGCUGUUUGUGUGGAACAAAAUUCAAUAAAAUGUCUCAGUUGACAACAA